UAAAUAGUCUUAACCAUGAAAUGGUUUCUCAACUUUUAAGGAGUUUGAGAUUAUAUGAGAACGACUCUUCGGUCAAGCUUGUUAUAUUGAAGGGUAAUGCGAAAGCUUUUUGUUCCGGCGGUGAUGUAUUAGCAACAGUAACAUGUUCAUUAACAGGACAUUGGACCUAUCCUCUAAUAUUCUAUAGGAAAGCACUCACUCUAAAUCACUUGGUAGCGACCUACAAAAAGCUCGUGGUGUGUCUGAUUGAUGGAGUGGCCAUGGGAGGAGGAGCAACUCUGUCCAUGAACGCAACUUUUAGGAUUAUCACUGAAAAUGCUAUAUUUGCUAUGCCAGAGGUACAUAUAGGACAUUUUCCGGAUGCCGGUGCAAGUUACUUCCUUUCUAGGCUUCCUGGUUAUUUCGGGGAAUACUUGGGGUUAACUGGCACACGUUUGAAGGGAGCAGAAAUGCUAGCAUGUGGUUUAGCCACUCAUUUCAUCCCUUCAAUGAGGCUACAAUCUUUGGAAAAUGCCCUGCAAGCUGUUACUUCUUCAAAUGUAUCAACUAUUGCCACGUUAAUAGAAACUUUUGCUAACAAAGCAUAUGCAAGAAAAAACAGCUCUUUUAUGAGAUUGGAGAUUAUAAACAAAUGUUUUUCCAAAGAAACUGUGGAAGAUAUAAUCCAUACUUUGGAAAAUGAAUUAUUAGAAAAUGGAACAGAAAAGUGGAUAACAGAUGCAUUAAACUCAAUGCGUUCAGCAAGUCCCAUAAGUCUCAAAAUAACUCUUAAAUUAAUAAGAAAAAGUCGAAUACAAAAUAUCGAAGAAUGUCUUUAUCGGGAUUAUAAUAUUGCCAGCCAUGUCAUUAGAGGAACCGUUAGUUAUGAUCUCUUUGAGGGUUCAAGAGCAAAGCUCUUUGACAAGGACAAGAAGCCCAAGUGGGAGCCUUCAAAGCUUGAGUUAGUUAGUGAAGAAAUGGUGGAUCAGUGCUUCAAAAGUGUCAACCAUGAUGAAUGGGAGCGUCUGCAACUUCCAGAUAGAUCCAAUAAUUCCCAAUCCAUAACAAGCUGCAAAUUAUAGAUUGAAAACUAUACUUUUUUGCUAAGCUUGAGUUAGUUAGUAUAUUAUAGGUAACAGCAUUAGGAACCAAGCCCUUGUGACGAAGUUUAGUGAAAAGUCUAUGUGCUCGACCCAUAUUUCCUAAUUUGCAUGAACCAUUUAUUAGUGCAUUGUAUGUAGUAAUAUUUGGAACAAUCCCUCUUCCCAGCAUCUCAUCCCUUAAGUUGACAGCAUCAUCCACAUU